AUGGAUUUCGUAACGGGGUUGCCUAAUACUGCGAGUGGACACGAUUUGAUAUGGGUGAUUGUUGAUAGGCUUACCAAAUCAGCCCAUUUCAUACCUAUUAACAUCACGUAUCCGGUGGCAAAGUUAGCUGAGAUCUAUGUCCGAGUGAUUGUGAAGUUGCAUGGUGUAGUACUUGGACCGGAAAUUGUACGAGAAACCACAGAGAAGGUAAAGAUGAUUCGGGAAAAGAUGAAGGCUUCACAGAGUAGACAGAAGAGCUAUCAUGAUAAGCGAAGAAAGGAGUUAGAAUUUGAAUCAGGUGACCAUGUGUUUCUAAGAGUCACGCCUGUGACUGGUGUUGGUCGUGCCCUGAAGUCAAAGAAGUUGACCCCACGAUUUAUCGGUCCUUAUCAGAUUUCAGAGAGAGUUGGUACUGUCGCUUAUAGGGUGGCGUUACCGCCUAACCUGUCGAAUCUGCACGAUGUGUUUCAUGUGUCACAGCUUCGGAAGUAUGUUCCAGAUCCGUCUCACGUGAUUCAUAUGGAUGAUGUGCAAGUGAGAGAGAACCUUACAGUAGAGACGAUGCCAAUUCGGAUCACAGAUCGUGAGAUAAAGUCCCUUAGAGGUAAAGAUAUCCCGUUGGUGAAAGUAGUCUGGACUGUAACACCCUUCUAA